GAGCCAGCAGGCGGUUACCGAGCGUUGGACACACCGUGAAACAGAGCGCUUUUUUGGGGGGUGGUGGUUGCUCUUCCCUCCCACACUCCCGAGCCAUGGCAUUUAUGGAUCAAUCAACGGGAGCGCGUUGAGGCUCUGAGUGAUGCAGUCUCUGUUCGGCGGAGGGGAGCUGGGGCUGCUGGGAGGGGGCGGCGACGGCGGCGGCCUGAAGGAGGAUGGCUGCGGCAGCGUGGCGUGGCACUCCUCGCCGCUGCCCCAGGACGACGUCUACUCGGCCUCCCACUUUGCCCUCAUCACCGCCUAUCAGGACAUCAAGACGAGGCUGGCCUGCCUGGAGCGCGAGAACACCAGCAUCAAGAGGAAGCUCAAGAUCUAUGAGAUCAAGUUCCCUAUGAUCAAUGAGUUCGGGGAGGACACCAACUCCUACUGCUCCUUUGAGAGCAAAGAGACAGCACUGCUGCACUCAGAAAAUGGAAACCUGCAGCAGAGAGUCAACGUCCUGACCCACGAGCUCCAGAAGAGGAAGGAGAGAGAGGAGCAGCUGGAGGAUGUGAUCCAAGCCUACGAGAAGAUUCACAUGGAGAAGAGCAACCUCCAGAGGGAUCUGGACAAGAUGACCAGCCUGGUGGAGAAGCAUGUGGAGCGGAUCCUGGGCCUGGAGUCUGCUCUGAGGCAGAGAGAAAACUCUCUGCAGAAACUCAACAUGCAGCUGCACAGCAAAGACAUGCAGUACCUGCAGCUGCACGCCAGCCCGGACACACACAUGCUGGACUGUCCAGCCUUGACUCUGCAGAGCUCCCGCAGCCUGGACACCCUGUCCGACCUGAAGCUGCAGCGGCUGGAGGCCGAGCUGGAGGGGGCGCGGCACGAGGCCCAGGGGGCAUGUCAGAGGGAAGAGGAGCUGAAGGGGGAGUGCGAGAGGCUGAAGGAGGAGAUGAGGAUGCUGCAGAACAGCCAGAGGGACAGGGAAAUGACUUCUCCGUGCAAGCAGUGUGAUGUGGAGUGGAUAAAGAAGGUGGGAGAUGAGCAGGUGAACUUGGCUCUGGCCUACACGGAGUUAACGGAGGAGCUGGGACGCCUCCAAUCGCUGAGCUCCAAGCAGACGGAGAUCCUGAGGAAAGCGUCGCAAGAGCAAGCGAGUCCAGUCCAGCGUCACUCUCCCAUCCACCACCAGCGCCACUCUCCAGUGUCCCAGCGCCACUCGCCCAUCUCACAGCGCCACUCUCCAGUCCCGCCUCCUCCACAACACUCCCCGAUCCAGCAGAGACGCUCCCCGGUGCUGCAGCGCCUCUCCCCGGACAUGCACCGCCGCUCGCCCCUGCUGGACGUCAACAACGGGCCGGCCUCUUACUCCUGCCGGCCCCCCAGUCAGCACCUGAGGGCCAGCUUCCAGGGCCGCCGCAGCUACUCCGAGGUGGCCGACCCCUCUGCUUACCAGUGCCCGCCCCGCUUCUCCCUGGACCCCGUCUCCACCCUGCCCAAGCCUCGGCCCUACAUCGAUGGCUACGCCAAACAGCAACAACACGUGGGCUCCCCUCACGGUGGACUGCAGCACAGAGGCUCCCCGUCCCACCAUCAAGGUGGUGCAGGAGGAGAUGGAGGCCUCGGGGAGACCUCCAUGCGCCACUCAAGAGAGAUGCCAUUCCCACUGUCCGAGGUGGCCCACUUGCAUUUUGAGCCUCCUCCUCCUUCCACGCCAGCCCCCCAGCCCCCACAGUCCUCUGAAGACGAGGAGGAGUGGAACUGCCCGCACCCCAUCAGCCCCCCGCGGACGCUGGGCGUGCUCUCCUCUGCAGUGCCUAGCGGCGUCAUGAGAGGCCCGGCGUCCUGCUCAGUCUUCCCCAUCCCUCAGAGGUCCAACACCCUCAGCUGCCACCCCCAGUCGGGGUACAUGUCAGCAGAGCACGCUCAGUCCUGGCCUUCAAUCAAUCUCUGGAUGGAGACCGAGGAGAGUGACAUGCGGAGCUGCCCUCUCUGCCAGCUGAUAUUCCCCGUCGGAUACCCUGACGAUGCCCUCAUCAAGCACAUUGACUCCCACCUGGAGAACAGCAAGAUAUGAUCGCCCGCACACACCUGUGCUCUCCUCUUAUAGACCCUGUAAGGGGACCGGCAGACCUGGCCACAUGGAGAGUCAAACAUAGAACCACCAGUUAGCUAUGUGCGAUAAUCUGUAGGUAGAGAUGCAGAGCGGGCGCAGGGGGCAGCUUGCCGGAUUUGGGAAGUACUUAAACACGGGUCUGUCUCGGAUCUGAUGGAGUCCACAUGCAGAGUCCUUUCCCUGAUCGCCCUUCAGACGGCUCCGCCUGUAUAAUCACCGGCUCUGGUUGCUGCUGUUUUGUUAUGAGUGUUGUUGUGUGGUUUCAGACAGUUUCAGGUAUCGUGUUGUUUUUGCGCUUCACAGUGUUAGUUCACUUUGAUUUAGCAAAGUAAGCCAAAGACGAGGAGGGACGAGAGGCACGCUGGCAGCUUCAGGGGGCUCUGCAUGUCACACACUUAGUUUCAGUAUUCAUCAGUUAAUGAUCAGGGAGAUCUGAGGCGUCAGACUUUUCUCACCUCUUAGCUUUAAAAUACUCUACACCUGCUUGGUAAUUUUCUACCACACACACACACACACACACUACGAUAUGUUUUUGCAGAGAAGCUGGCUGAUUGAAAUGAUCCGACAGGUGAGUUGUAAGAGAGAAGUUUAUUUUUUAAGUGAAGAGGAGAGAGAGGGCGACACUGUGAAGGAAAUUCUGUCUUUCGAUCUGGGUUUGAUGCCGGUUCACUUUCACUUCUUUAAAAAAAAAAAAGAGGGAAAAAAAGUUUUUCACGGAAGUUCAGAGAGUUUAAAACAUUCCAGUCUCACAUUUCAUCUACUGACAAAAAUCAAGCUCGGGAAUUUGAAUGUUUUAUGAUGAUGCCCUGCAGGGCGGGGCACCGAUGCGUCUUCUCUACGAGUGGAGGGAAAGUUUUUAGUCAGAAUAUACCUUUAUGCUUGCAGCUUGUUCAAAAGAAAAUCUAAGUAUCUUAGCACUUUAAGUUGGCAUAGCCUAUACAAUGUAUCCGUUUUCAGUCCCCAUAUAUAUUUUCCAUGUAUAAUUUACUAUUUAUAUCUUUAAGGCAAAAAAUAUGAAGAUAUAUUUUUGCAAAUGAUAACGCACCACAUGUCUCAUGUUGGUGUGUCUCCCAUGUGCUCGCACACUGCUGUAUAUACAAAAAAAAACAGGAGGAGUCGAAGGUCAAAAUCCCAACACACGGGAUACUUUUCUGUACAAAGACUUUGAAAAUAUCAACUGGGAUUCUCCUCGGUCUUCCUAAAGAUCUGACCUUCAGAACAGUUUGAUGUCACGACUGCCCAGACCACCCAACAAAAAAAAAAGAAGAAGGAGAAGAAGAAGAAGAAGAAGAAGAAGAAGACACAGCCGGCUGCAUGAGAUCAAGACUUCUGAGCUGCUUUGAGGAGAGAGUGGCAGACUUUUUAAGUGUACUGUAUUUCUAUCUUGGAGAUCUGAUACCAGAAACUUCAUCUCCACUCAGCAAAGUUAUCUCUGCAGGGUUUCAGCAAUGACAAUACUCUCCUUUUGAUACAUGGGUUUUAUUUUUAUCAAGUGGAAUCUUAUUGAGAUCCGCUUGUGGGACUUCUUUUUUGACAGAAAAAGGAAAAAAAAACACAACAAAGUUACACUGAUGUCAGCUAAUCUGAGGCUUUCAGUUCCAUGUGCAGUUUCUAAUGUGGGGGAUGUCCCUACACACACACACACUCAUGCAUUUUAACUGGUCGGAAGUUACUGAAGAGAUGAGACGCGGUAGAUUAGAGCACAUAGGGCAGUGAUUGUGCCAGCAGGAAGACGUAGGACAAAAGUUUCCGGUCCUACCCCACUAAAGUACUCUUGAGCAAAACACUGAAUCCCAAUGAGCUCUGGAGGUUUUGCUCCAGGCUCAGACUUCCCCUUGAAGUUUAGAGACAUGAUGGUUUUCCUAUGGGGGUCAAAGAAUAGCAGAUUAAAUGAGCAGUGUCUAGGAUUUAGUGGCAUCUAGUGGUGAAACCCUCUCUGCUGUGGUGGUCUUCCACUCUGGGUAUGUAGAUAUAAAGGGCUCUUUCUUAGCCAACAAAUUCUUAAUUUAAGGUAAUUAUACACUAAUGAAAACAUAACUGUGAAUAUUAUAUUCUAUUUCUGCCAAUUGAUGCCCCUAAAGCCCACACACUGGACCUUUAAAAGGAUAAUUCUGGUUUAUAACCACUUGGGCCCCAUUUUAGUUCAGACACUGGUUCUGUUGGUUACAAUCAUCUUGUUGAUAACUGAAUCUAGGAGAACACUAACACUGAAAAAAUAAAAUAAAACCUGUCAGAUGAGUUGCUAAGAUGCUAACAGCUGGCCUGUUUACCCCAGUGGCAUUUCUUUCACCAUUUUAUCCAAUAAAAAGGUACUGGAAAUUGAAAUUAUAUCACUCUGAGCUGUUUGCAAACUUUUGGAAUGUUACAAAAAGAGGAGAUUAGGUUCCACCAAGUGUUUUUAUCACAAAAUGAUGAUAUAGGCUAAACAUGACUGUAAGCAGGCAGUAAAAAGAGUAGAGGAAGUAGAGGUUGCAAACCCAUUAAGGAGUCUGCUAGAUAAAGACAAAUUAUAAUUAUUAUUAUUAAAAAUCUGAUCAAGUGUAAAUACUUUUCUUGUGCACUUAAGGAUAUUUUUUCCAUGCAACUUUUCUAAUGUGAUCAUUUAAAAUGUACAUAAAAAUACCUGAAUGCAAACACAACUUCUGUCUGCAAGCCACAUUAAGUUUGUGCAACAGUUUUUUCUCUGACAGGCCAGUUAAAUAAAAGUAAUUGGUGCAAAAUACAGCUAAUAAGCUGUGAUGACUUUCUCCAGUUUUAAUUAUCUGGUUUUCUGCUCCCUUAAAGGUCAGCACUGCUAAAAUAGCUUGCUGUUGGAUAAUUGUGCAAAUUUGUGGGUCAGAUUCACCAAAUUUGAAUUUGAUUUAAAAAGGUGUUGUCAUUUUAAAUGCUGGUGUGAGCAGGUCUUUAGACUGUUUCCAUCUAGUCAUUUAAAAAGGUCUAAAAUCAUGUUUUCUUUUUGCAGAAGUGAAGACUAACAUCAAAGGAAAUGCUUGCACACGCAAUUUAGGCCUCAUAUUUAAGGAGAGAGCCAGGAAACUAAAUUGAUGCGCUAAGAUCUGCUGGCUUCAGCUCGGCGCUGACAUUGAUUGAUUGAGCCCAUCAUACUUUCAUGUUGCAGCAAUCAAUCAGAAAAAGCAUGCAGCAAUGUUGUGAAUUAAAAGAAACCUUCUGAGUUUUUUACAAAUGGGAAAUGCACCUCCCACCUCCUCUAACCACGUCCUGGGGGAAACCCUAAAAACUAUACAGAAUUUCACAAGAAGAAAGGUGAACUUCAAAAUACUCUGAAAAACAAAAACAAAUGUGUGAAGCAGAGUUUUCUAAUUUCCUGCUCCGUUUAAUUAUCAUGUCCGGGUUCUGAUCUUGAUAAACACUUUACAAUCUGUCUGAGCAUCAGCUGCUUGUGUUUUUUGUCCCGUCAGACUUGUUUUUUAGCUGAAAGACUGAUGCAUUUCUUGUUGAUCAUUGUAACCGACAGAACCAAACUGACUGAUCCUUUAAAGAAAGACAUCCUGGCGUGUAGAAUAAAAACUUCAAGGAGAGAUACUUGACUACUAAAUCGAAGAGGGCUUUAAUGACUCCCAAUUAUUCUAUACUGUAUGUAUGUUCCUAUAUCACUCUGUGUAAAAAAAAAAUAUUUAAAGUUGUGUACAGACAGGUAUUUUGCAAGUGUGUAAGGCUAAUGCAACGUGUACUCUAUUAUUCAACAACUUCAAAUUGGAGUGUCUGUAAAUCAGUAUAUAUAAUCCUAGCCACCACCACACUACGUAUGAAUUGUAUGCAAGUUAUAUACAAGUACUACCCUCCACCUUUACUCUUUUACUCACUUGGUAGUGUUACGUCCUCUAGUCGACUAAUAUCCAACUACAGCCUGCAGAGAGAAAUCUUUCUGCACUUUCAGACUCCGUCACAUCAAAUGAUCCAAGUACACUAAAAGAAAAAUCCAAAAUGAAUGUUUGUCUGAAGGUUUCAGCUGUUAAGAGUAAAAAGUCUCCGAUACAUAUUUUUCUAGUCUGAUUUAUCAUGCAGCAAAGAAAGGACCAAGCACAACGAUGAAACUGUGCAUCCCUCUACGCUGAUGAUGAUGUAAUGUUGCAUCAUAAAGCACUUAAACUGCAUUUGGACACUUUAAAUGUCAUUUGAUUUGAAGUCAGACUGCAGCUUUUUUUCUCCCCCCAUCGAGGAAAUGUUUAAGAGCAGCGGUUAAAGAUGUAACAAAGAUAU